AUGAAAGACUUAGGCCCUAUAAGUUACUUCCUUGGUGUUGCUGUGACUCACACCAACAAGUCUUUAUUUCUCACUCAAGAAAAGUAUGCGAUGGAAGUUCUCGAACGUGCAGGUCUCGCUGACUGCAGUGUUGCGGCUACACCGGUUGAGACCCAACAAAAAUUAAGCUCAAAAACCGGCACACCUCUUCCCGAUGCCACCAAAUAUCGGCGUCUUGCCGGCGCGCUUCAAUACCUCACAUUCACACGCCCGGACAUUACGUAUGCAGUCCAACAGGUGUGUAUCCAUAUGCAUGCUCCAACAUCGAUCCAUAUGAAUGCUCUUAAACGGAUUUUACGAUACAUAAAAGGAACCAUCUCCUUCGGCUUGUAUAUUUCUCCGUCUCCAACCACGUCUCUCGUCUCCUAUACUGACGCGGAUUGGGGCGGAUGUCCGGACACAAGACGAUCUACAUCUGGAUACUGUGUAUACAUGGGCGAUAAUCUGCUGUCUUGGUCGUCUAAACGCCAACCGACCUUAUCGCGUUCUAGUGCCGAAGCCAAAUAUCGAGGUGUGGCUAACGUUGUCUCUGAAGUGUGUUGGAUACGAAAUUUACUACUCGAGCUACAUACUCCUCCUUCUCGUGCAACUAUCGUCUAUUGCGACAAUGUUAGUGCAAUUUAUCUCACCGGGAACCCCGUUCAACAUCAACGCACAAAGCACAUUGAGAUGGACAUUCACUCUGUCCGCAAGAAGGUCGCUAAAGGUUUGGUUCGGGUACUUCAUGUUCCGUCUCGAUACCAAAUUGCGGACAUUUUUACAAAAGGCUUGCCCAAGAUUCUCUUUGACGAUUUUCGAUCCAGUCUCACCGUUCGUCCUCCUCCCGCUUCGACUGCGGGGGUGUAUUAG